GCAGAGUGUUACCAGCGGCGGGGUAAGUCCAGUGUCAGUGGACGUUCGCGCGUCGUCACAGUGGCACGAUGAUCGUUAUCGGGGUUUGUGUCCUGUGUCUCGCGACUGCAGUUACUGCACUGAGUGAUCCUGCUGCAGAUCUACCGAGAUUCGGCAAACCCCUGAAUAAUCUCACGGUCUCAGUUGGACGAGAAGCCAUUUUCACGUGCAUUGUGGAGAAUCUCGGGCCUUACAAGGUGGCAUGGCUACGAGUCGACACGCAGACCAUCCUAACGAUAGCAAGUCACGUUAUCACGAAGAAUCACCGAAUUUCAGUAACGCACAGUGGCCAUCGCACGUGGUCUCUACAUAUACGAGACACGCGAGAGACGGAUCGUGGCUGGUACAUGUGCCAAGUUAAUACAGAUCCAAUGUCCAGUAAUACCGGAUUUUUGGAAGUUGUUGUACCACCGGACAUUCUCGAUUAUCCAACGAGUACGGAUAUGGUUGUGAGUGAAGGAAGUAACGUUACCCUGAGGUGUGCUGCUACUGGGACACCUGAGCCAACUGUUACAUGGAGACGUGAGGCUGGGGCAAGGAUAGCACUGCCAAAUUGGCAUGAUGCGCAGGUAUUGGAGGGCCCGGAGCUGGAAUUAAUUAGAGUGACUCGACUGCACAUGGGUCCUUACCUGUGCAUCGCUUCUAAUGGUGUACCACCCUCUGUUAGCAAGAGGAUCUUACUCAUCGUUCAUUUUUCACCGAUGAUUCAAGUGGAGAAUCAGCUGAUUGGAGCUUACGACAAUCAGAGCCUAGUUCUGGAGUGCAACAGUGAGGCUUAUCCACGGCCAAUUGUUUACUGGACUAGGCCAACGAACGAGACCAUAGUAAACGACAACAAUUACCAGGUGGAGGUCAGUACCAAUGGCUACGUGACCAGAAUGAGAAUGAUAAUUAGAUCGAUCAGACCACAGGACUACGGAUCUUUCCGUUGCGUAGCUACCAAUUCACUGGGACAGACAGAUGGAAAAAUAAAAUUAUACAUUACCAUUUUGGCUCUAUACCAUUUUUAAAAAGAGAAUUCAGUGGAAUAAACGAAAUUUCAUUUUCGUGUACAUAUUUCACAGUAUGAUUCUCCAAUUCAAUGAGUAAUUUUUCAUCGGAUAUUGUAUUAUUGUGAAUACGUAUUCGGGAUUAUAUCUGCAUUGAACAUGGUGUAUACUGGUUUUUAAAGUAAUCCCCGUUAUUAUCUCACUACAAAUUUUCACUGUAUUUUCCAUCAAACUGUUCUGUCCAUAUUCAAUCGUCGGUGGCCGGAAAUAUUCGGCUAAAAUAAUAUCUACGAAUUUCAAUCAACCUAAAUGCAGAAUGUACUAAAUAAUAAAAUAAAAAUUUAAGUAAAUGUGAAUUAGUGGAUUUGUUAACAAAGGUCAAAAAUUCCAUUCAAUAGUCUGUUGAAUCAUUUGUAAUCAUCUCAAGAACUAAUUUUAUGAUUCUACAAUAUAUCUACAAUUGAUCGUAGAAUUCAUUCAGCACUAAUUCGGGGGGAGUAAAGAUAAGUCGUGAGUAUUGAAGGUUGUUAUGGGCCAACAGAAAGAGAAAGAUGUGGAGAGCGCAUAUUAAUUCAAUCGCUACCCUCUUGAGAGCGCCUAACAUUACUAUUGAACUCGAUAUGACCAAAUUUCGCGAUAAUUAUCGAUUCACAGAAAAUGUCACGCUUGAAAUUUCAAGAAUUUCUACAAUUAAAAAUUUUCGAUGACGUUUGAAACUGUCAAUACCCCAUGCAUCACACUAAUAGGGAUCGACAAGGCAAAUCACUCAUGCAUAUCAAUGACUUAUAGACUCGACAAGUAAAAGCUGUAAUAAAUAAACUUAUAAUGCGCUGAGUGUGCAUGACAUCCGUAUGUUGAGAGAAAUGUUGAAAAAAAUAAAUAACUCCAGGAGAUUUACCUGCACGAUUGAAGCACUGUUCGUAACCGUCAAUACAUUUUUAUGACGUCAGAAUAAUUCAAUGACGCAUAAAACAUAAAGGGAUGUUGGAUGCACCGCGGUCACGUCACAACACCGCUCCAAUGUGUCAGUCGUCGAGUUGCCAGUAGAAAAAGUCCAUCCAAUCUAUUGGAAUGACGUGUGCGGUCCAAAUACCGUGACGCAUAUGGGUGCGAGGGAAAAUAAAUAAAAUGAAGUGAUGAAUUCAAGGGGUUUGAGUAGACAUUUUCCCCUGAUCUGUCGUAAAAUCUGGAGCAUAUGAUCCUUUUUUGUGACUUCGCGUUUGAAUACACGACGAGUUCGUCGUAAUUUUGAACAUUUAUUAGGUACUGUUAAACUCGAUUACGCCUUUUUUAUAUUCUGGUGUUGUUGUUAACCCUUAAAAGUGCUGAAAAAAAAUUCAGUUCCUAGUUCAAAGCUUUUGUUAGCCGCUGGUGCUGUACAUGUUUAUCUUGGAAAACUUGUGCAGCUAAAAAAAGACACAAGACACGAAUGGAAAAACAAUGGGCCUUGCUCGGUUCCACUGUUGCUACAUUCAUUUCCACAUUUAAAUUGUGCCCACAGCGAUAUGGGCGAAUAUGGCAACAGUAUGGUCGGUUUAAGCGCGAUGGAUUAAGAUUAAAAGAAAGAAAUCAGCAUAUAUUUGUAAGACGCCUUAAAUUGUUUUCUAAUGAGCGACAAGGCCCAUUUUGAUAGGUCCCAUACAUUAGUGAUAAGGGAAAGUAAUUUAUGAAAGUUUCAAUUACCCUCGUUCAAUGCAUUAACCUCCCCUUUGCCUCUGUCAGAAAUGCAAAUAAAGUAAUAAAUGAAGGGAAUGAAGAACGUGUACAUAUGAUCAAUGACCACUCCAGCUGGAUAAAUUAAUCUCCCUAUUUAUUAAAUUGAAGAACUCCCUUUUUCAUUAAAAUUGUUGUCACAAGUGGCAUUCAAAUUCCCAAUAUUUAUACCUUUUCCGCCAUUUUCCCUGUCAUGUAUUGUCGCGCUUGUACCAAACUAUCACUAAACUCGUCGUUUCUCUCCAUGUUUUUACGAUAGAAACGGUAAUUGGAACAUCGUUACCCGGUGGACGAUUGUCAUAGUCCAUUCAAAUGUUCCACGUCCAAGCAUUCUGCGACCCCGAGUCGUCAAUAAAAAACCGGCCACACAGGAAUAAAAAACAAACUUCUGAUAAAAGAAGAGGAAAAUACAAAUGUAGAUGAAUUCUGUACGCACGAUUGUACGACAAAAUUGAUAUGGGAAAUGACAGUGAAUUUUGAAAAAAAUUUUCAACAAGCGGAUGGAUUGAAAGUCCAGAGAAAUUUCCCAGUAUUGACUCAUCGAUUGCUACCACACUCCAACCCAGGCCCAUAGGGAUAUUCUGAAAGCAGAGUGACCUCGGCCAACAUCGACAAAACACAUAACCGUAUCUCAGAGACGACACGACCCCGUCCGUUUCUAACCGUACAACCACGAAAAUGAGAAAUCCGGGGUGAAAAGGGGAUGGGGAUCAGGAGGGAGGUGGCCGCAUUUACAUUGGACAUCGAUCGAACAUGGGAUUAACGAGUGUAGGCUGGUUUUAUUGGAGAUGUUGUUAGAAGGUUCAGCUUCAGUCAAUCUGGGGCUUGAGCCAUUCAAUGAGCGCUAUCACUCCCCCCUCUUUUCCCCUCUGAUAACUCAAAAAACCACGUGAUGAAAAAAACGUGGUAUUCAAUGGAGCCGUCCUAAUGUAUAAAAAUUAAAAACUUAGAUGUCAGGUGUCACCAGGUUUCAAUAUUUAGCUGAUGAAUGAUUUCUCAGAGUUCAUUUAUCCCUUCUCA